CUCUCUCUCUCUCUCUCUCUCUCUCUCUCUCUCUCUCUCUCUCUGUCUCUGUCUCUGUCUCUGUCUGUCUCUGUCUCUCUGUCUCUGUCUCUCUCUGUGUCUGUGUGAGGGGAUGUUCCAGAUGGACAAGGUUGCAGCGCCUCACUGACCCAGAGAAGCCCAAGUCCCAAGGAGAGAGGAUCCUCAAGCCCCAGGGACAGGGAGACGGGCUACAGGGAGACGGGCUGCAGGGAGACGGGCUGCAGGGAGACGGGCUACAGGGAGACGGGCUACAGGGAGACGGGCUGCAGGGAGACGGGCUGCAGGGAGACGGGCUGCAGGGAGACGGGCUGCAGGGAGACGGGCUACAGGGAGACGGGCUACAGGGAGACGGGCUGCAGGGAGACGGGCUGGGAGAUGGGCUCAGAGGAGAGGAGUUCAGCCAUGUCUCACAAGAUCUCUUCCCCCUCACACAGCAACAGCAGCUCCUCCUCCAAACACGACAGCCGACAGGACAGUUGGGAGAUUGUAGAGGGGCUGCGUGGAGGACACAGUAGUGUCCAGGAGCCCCAGAAGCAGGAUGGAUACAUGCUGAAGAGGAGGAAGUGGCCGAUGAAGGGAUGGCACAAGAGAUACUUCUACUUGGACAAGGGCAUCCUGAAGUAUGCCAAGUGUGGUGCUGACAUUGAGAAGGGGAAGUUACACGGCUGUAUUGACGUGGGUCUCUCUGUUAUGGCCAUUAAGAAGUCAGCCCAGUGCAUUGAUCUGGAUGCAGAAGAAAACAUCUAUCACCUGAAGAUCAAGUCACAGGAGCUGUUUGAUGAAUGGGUGUCUAAGCUACGCCACCAUCGGCUGUACCGUCAGAAUGAGAUUGCUAUGUACCCCCAGGAGAAGACUUACUACUACCCCCACUUCCCCCCUCCCGGGUCCCCCGGUGUGGCUGAUAGAACGCGGCAUGUGUCUCUAGCCAGGCAGGCAUCGGUCCAUGCUGCAGGUAGCUUCCCUGUGACCUGUACCAGCCAAUCCAAGGUGGCCGCCUGGCUGCAGUCCUCAGACGACAUGAACAAGUGCUCUAAAGACAUGUCAGUGUGUGAGUCCUACCUGUUGGAACUGAACCAUCUGCUACAGAGUAUGGAGGUCAUCCACCGCACCUACUCAGCUCCAGCCAUCAACGCACUACUGCAGGCUUCUACAUUUGACACCCCCAAAAAGGAAAAAAGGCCCCCAAGGAAAUGGCGUGGUUCUAAAAACUACGGCAAAGAUGUGAAAACAACACUGCAGGUUCCCAGUUGCAUCUCAUCUGGCUCCGUCCGUCUCCACGCCUCCAACCCCAACCUCUCUACUGCAGCCCUGGGGACUGCGAAGGCCUACCCUGAACCUCCCUAUAUGGACUCUCCUAUAGACGUAGCCAAACUACAGGAGGACUUCUGCCGCGUCGCUAACAACCUGUAUGCCACCAUGAAGUCAGCCCUGAGCGCUCUCACCUCUGAGAAGGAGAAGUUAAAACAGGUGCUGGACCACCAAGACACAUGCCCCCCUACCUCUCCAGGGAUUAUGGGUCUGAAGAACGCUCUGUCCUCGGCUAUAGCCCAGAACUCUGAACUGAGAGAGCGGCUGAGCAACAUUCACGCUGAGUCCAGCUGCGUCCCACAACCCUCCACUGGGCUCAUAAACCUCUCUGGUCCCCUACAGAAGCAAGACUCCACUGAUGGAUCCCACCCCCUAGUUCACCAGGCGUCCAAUGAGAGCAGAGCAUCCAUCACAGAGUCUCUAUCAGAGUUCUUCGAUGCUCAGGAGGUUCUACUGUCUGCCAGCUCCUCAGAAAACGAGGCCUCUGAUGAUGACUCAUACAUCAGUGACAACGUCAGCGACAACAUCUCCAUGGACAACUUCACAAACGAGACGGAGAGACCUAACUCGGGCUGUGAAGAGAACGGGGCCCUUCUGAGAAGACGCAGGUCGUGCCUCCCGUCGGCCAGCCCUAACACCAGUAACAUCAGUCUAUGGAACAUCCUUAAGAACAACAUAGGGAAAGACCUCUCCAAGGUGGCUAUGCCUGUUCAGCUGAACGAGCCCCUCAACACCCUGCAGAGACUGUGUGAGGAGCUGGAGUACAGCGAGCUGCUGGACAGAGCUGCUAACACACAGGACCCCUUUGAACGCAUGGUGUACAUAGCCACGUUUGCAGUGUCGGGGUACGCGUCCAGCUACCACCGAGCGGGAGGGAAGCCCUUCAACCCGGUCCUGGGGGAGACCUAUGAGUGUGACCGCCCCGACAAGGGCCUCCGAUUUGUAGCAGAACAGGUCAGCCAUCACCCACCUAUAUCAGCAUGCCACGCUGACUCUAAAAACUACAUAUUCUGGCAAGACAUGAGGUGGAAAAACAAGUUCUGGGGGAAGUCUAUGGAAAUAGUUCCUGUGGGCACCACCCAUGUGAUGCUGCCAGGGUUUGGGGACCACUAUGAGUGGAACAAGGUCACGUCCUGCAUCCACAACAUCCUGAGUGGGCAGCGCUGGAUAGAACACUACGGAGAGAUCUCCAUCAGGAACACCAGCACUGAUAUCUGCCAGUGUAAGGUCACCUUCAUCAAGGCCAAGUACUGGAACUCGAGUGUUAACGAGGUGGAGGGCACCAUCACAGACCACAAGGGGAAGGUCAUCCACAGACUGUUUGGGAAGUGGAACGAGGGGGUGUACUGUGGAGACCCCCCCUCUGCCACCUGCAUCUGGAGAGCCAAUGCCAUGCCGGCUGACCACGAGCAGUACUACGGCUUCACUAAGUUUGCUAUGGAGCUCAAUGAGCUGGACCCUUCACUGAAACUGCUGCUGCCUCCCACAGACACCCGGCUACGGCUCGACCAGAGGCUGCUAGAGGAGGGCAACAUAGAGGCAGCAGAGGAACAGAAGCAGAAGAUAGAACAGCAGCAGAGAGACAGACGCAGAGUCCUGGAGGAAAACACCAUGACACAUCAACCCACAUUCUUCAGGAAAUCAAAGGACGACACCUGGGUUAGCAACAACACUUACUGGGACCUGAGAAGGGAUCCAGGCUUUUCCCACCUGGACUGUCCUGUGUUGUGGUGACCUGAGAAGGGAUCCAGGCUAUCACCACCUGGACUGUCCUGUGUUGUGGUGACCUGAGAAGGGAUCCAGGCUUUUCCCACCAGGACUGUCCUGUGUUGUGGUGACCUGAGAAGGGAUCCAGGCUUUUCCCACCUGGACUGUCCUGUGUUGUGGUGACCUGAGAAGGGAUCCAGGCUUUUCCCACCUGGACUGUCCUGUGUUGUGGUGACCUGAGAAGGGAUCCAGGCUAUCACCACCUGGACUGUCCUGUUUUGUGGUGACCUGAGGAGGGAACCAGGCUAUCACCACCUGGACUGUCCUGUGUUGUGGUGACCUGAGGAGGGAACCAGGCUAUCACCACCUGGACUGUCCUGUGUUGUGGUGACCUGAGAAGGGAUCCAGGCUUUUCCCACCUGGACUGUCCUGUGUUGUGGUGACCUGAGAAGGGAUCCAGGCUUUUCCCACCUGGACUGUCCUGUGUUGUGGUGACCUGAGAAGGGAUCCAGGCUAUCACCACCUGGACUGUCCUGUGUUGUGGUGACCUGAGGAGGGAACCAGGCUAUCACCACCUGGACUGUCCUGUGUUGUGGUGACCUGAGGAGGGAACCAGGCUAUCACCACCUGGACUGUCCUGUGUUGUGGUGACCUGAGGAGGGAACCAGGCUAUCACCACCUGGACUGUCCUGUGUUGUGGUGACCUGAGGAGGGAACCAGGCUAUCACCUCCUGGACUGUCCUGUGUUGUGGUGACCUGAGGAGGGAACCAGGCUAUCACCACCUGGACUGUCCUGUGUUGUGGUGACCUGAGGAGGGAACCAGGCUAUCACCUCCUGGACUGUCCUGUGUUGUGGUGACCUGAGGAGGGAACCAGGCUAUCACCACCUGGACUGUCCUGUGUUGUGGUGACCUGAGGAGGGAACCAGGCUAUCACCACCUGGACUGUCCUGUGUUGUGGUGACCUGAGGAGGGAACCAGGCUAUCACCACCUGGACUGUCCUGUAUUGUGGUGACCUGAGGAGGGAACCAGGCUAUCACCACCUGGACUGGCCUGUGUUGUGGGGACCUUAGUGUGACUUUUGUGGCCACUGGUCACACACCUGGGUCAUGUUUAUUAGGCCUAGGACUGAAACAGGGAGGGACGACCUGAACGUGUCCAGUAAGAAACACUUGUACGUUCAAAAGGCACCAAACGGAAGAAAACAGACUGCAACUUCCAGUCCAAUAAGAAACUUUUUUUUUUCAGUUGCAAAACGUUUUGCUACGGUGUGCACUUAUGAACACGACCCUGUUUGGACUUCCUGUCUGUACUGUGACCCAGGCUGGCUCUGGGGGCUGGAGUCCUGCUGCUCUAUCCGUCUCAUUGGUUACGCCUCAAAUGGCACCCUAUUCCCUACAUAGUGUACUGCUUUUGACCAGAGCCCUGUGGGCCCAAGUAGUGCAUCAUACGCUAAAGGGAAUAGGGUGCCAUUUGGGACGUACGGUCUUGCACAUGUCCAUCUACUAUCCAUCAUUCACAUGUCCAUCUACUAUCCAUCAUUCACAUGUCCAUCUACUAUCCAUCAUUCACAUGUCCAUCUACUGUCCAUCAUUCACAUGUCCAUCUACUGUCCAUCAUUCACAUGUCCAUCUACUGUCCAUCUACUAUCCAUCAUUCACAUGUCCAUCUACUAUCCAUCUACUGUCCAUCAUUCACAUGUCCAUCUACUAUCCAUCAUUCACAUGUCCAUCUACUAUCCAUCUACUGUCCAUCAUUCACAUGUCCAUCUACUGUCCAUCAUUCACAUGUCCAUCUACUGUCCAUCAUUCACAUGUCCAUCUACUAUCCAUCAUUCACAUGUCCAUCUACUAUCCAUCUACUGUCCAUCAUUCACAUGUCCAUCUACUGUCCAUCAUUCACAUGUCCAUCUACUGUCCAUCUACUAUCCAUCAUUCACAUGUCCAUCUACUGUCCAUCAUUCACAUGUCCAUCUACUAUCCAUCAUUCACAUGUCCAUCUACUAUCCAUCAUUCACAUGUCCAUCUACUAUCCAUCAUUCACAUGUCCAUCUACUGUCCAUCAUUCACAUGUCCAUCUAUUGUCCAUCUACUGUCCAUCAUUCACAUGUCCAUCUACUAUCCAUCUACUAUCCAUCAUUCACAUGUCCAUCUACUAUCCAUCAUUCACAUGUCCAUCUACUAUCCAUCUACUAUCCAUCAUUCACAUGUCCAUCUACUAUCCAUCAUUCACAUGUCCAUCUACUGUCCAUCAUUCACAUGUCCAUCUACUAUCCAUCUACUAUCCAUCUACUGUCCAUCAUUCACAUGUCCAUCUACUGUCCAUCAUUCACAUGUCCAUCUACUAUCCAUCAUUCACAUGUCCAUCUACUAUCCAUCAUUCACAUGUCCAUCUACUAUCCAUCAUUCACAUGUCCAUCUACUAUCCAUCAUUCACAUGUCCAUCUACUAUCCAUCAUUCACAUGUCCAUCUACUAUCCAUCAUUCACAUGUCCAUCUACUAUCCAUCUACUAUCCAUCAUUCACACAUUCACAUGUCCAUCUACUAUCCAUCAUUCACAUGUCCAUCUACUAUCCAUCAUUCACACAUUCACAUGUCCAUCUACUAUCCAUCCUUCACAUGUCCAUCUACUAUCCAUCAUUCACAUGUCCAUCUACUAUCCAUCAUUCACACAUUCACAUGUCCAUCUACUAUCCAUCAUUCACAUGUCCAUCUACUAUCCAUCAUUCACAUGUCCAUCUACUAUCCAUCAUUCACAUGUCCAUCUACUAUCCAUCAUUCACAUGUCCAUCUACUAUCCAUCAUUCACACAUUCACAUGUCCAUCUACUAUCCAUCAUUCACAUGUCCAUCUACUAUCCAUCAUUCACAUGUCCAUCUACUAUCCAUCAUUCACAUGUCCAUCUACUAUCCAUCCUUCACAUGUCCAUCUACUAUCCAUCAUUCACAUGUCCAUCUACUAUCCAUCAUUCACAUGUCCAUCUACUAUCCAUCAUUCACAUGUCCAUCUACUAUCCAUCAUUCACAUGUCCAUCUACUGUCCAUCAUUCACAUGUCCAUCUACUAUCCAUCAUUCACAUGUCCAUCUACUAUCCAUCAUUCACAUGUCCAUCUACUAUCCAUCAUUCACAUGUCCAUCUACUAUCCAUCUACUAUCCAUCCUUCACAUGUCCAUCUACUGUCCAUCUACUAUCCAUCAUUCACAUGUCCAUCUACUAUCAAUCUACUAUCCAUCAUUCACAUGUCCAUCUACUGUCCAUCUACUAUCCAUCAUUCACAUGUCCAUCUACUAUCCAUCUACUAUCCAUCAUUCACAUGUCCAUCUACUGUCCAUCAUUCACAUGUCCAUCUACUGUCCAUCAUUCACAUGACCAUCUACUAUCCAUCAUUCACAUGUCCAUCUACUGUCCAUCUACUAUCCAUCAUUCACAUGUCCAUCUACUGUCCAUCUACUAUCCAUCUACUAUCCAUCAUUCACAUGUCCAUCUACUAUCCAUCUACUAUCCAUCCUUCACAUGUCCAUCUACUAUCCAUCAUUCACACAUUCACAUGUCCAUCUACUAUCCAUCCUUCACAUGUCCAUCUACUAUCCAUCCUUCACAUGUCCAUCUACUAUCCAUCAUUCACACAUUCACAUGUCCAUCUACUAUCCAUCCUUCACAUGUCCAUCUACUAUCCAUCCUUCACAUGUCCAUCUACUAUCCAUCAUUCACACAUUCACAUGUCCAUCUACUAUCCAUCCUUCACAUGUCCAUCUACUAUCCAUCUACUAUCCAUCAUUCACACAUUCACAUGUCCAUCUACUAUCCAUCCUUCACAUGUCCAUCUACUGUCCAUCAUUCACAUGUCCAUCUACUGUCCAUCAUUCACAUGUCCAUCUACUAUCCAUCAUUCACAUGUCCAUCUACUAUCCAUCAUUCACAUGUCCAUCUACUAUCCAUCAUUCACAUGUCCAUCUACUAUCCAUCCUUCACAUGUCCAUCUACUAUCCAUCAUUCACAUGUCCAUCUACUAUCCAUCCUUCACAUGUCCAUCUACUGUCCAUCAUUCACAUGUCCAUCUACUGUCCAUCAUUCACAUGUCCAUCUACUAUCCAUCAUUCACAUGUCCAUCUACUAUCCAUCCUUCACAUGUCCAUCUACUGUCCAUCAUUCACAUGUCCAUCUACUAUCAAUCUACUAUCCAUCAUUCACAUGUCCAUCUACUGUCCAUCUACUAUCCAUCAUUCACAUGUCCAUCUACUAUCCAUCUACUAUCCAUCAUUCACAUGUCCAUCUACUGUCCAUCAUUCACAUGUCCAUCUACUAUCCAUCCUUCACAUGUCCAUCUACUAUCCAUCAUUCACAUGUCCAUCUACUGUCCAUCAUUCACAUGUCCAUCUACUAUCCAUCAUUCACAUGUCCAUCUACUAUCCAUCUACUAUCCAUCAUUCACAUGUCCAUCUACUAUCCAUCAUUCACAUGUCCAUCUACUGUCCAUCUACUAUCCAUCAUUCACAUGUCCAUCUACUAUCCAUCUACUAUCCAUCCUUCACAUGUCCAUCUACUAUCCAUCAUUCACAUGUCCAUCUACUAUCCAUCAUUCACAUGUCCAUCUACUAUCCAUCAUUCACAUGUCCAUCUACUAUCCAUCUACUAUCCAUCAUUCACAUGUCCAUCUACUGUCCAUCAUUCACAUGUCCAUCUACUAUCCAUCCUUCACAUGUCCAUCUACUAUCCAUCAUUCACAUGUCCAUCUACUGUCCAUCAUUCACAUGUCCAUCUACUAUCCAUCAUUCACAUGUCCAUCUACUAUCCAUCUACUAUCCAUCAUUCACAUGUCCAUCUACUAUCCAUCAUUCACAUGUCCAUCUACUGUCCAUCUACUAUCCAUCAUUCACAUGUCCAUCUACUAUCCAUCUACUAACCAUCCUUCACAUGUCCAUCUACUAUCCAUCAUUCACAUGUCCAUCUACUAUCCAUCAUUCACAUGUCCAUCUACUAUCCAUCAUUCACAUGUCCAUCUACUAUCCAUCUACUAUCCAUCAUUCACAUGUCCAUCUACUAUCCAUCAUUCACAUGUCCAUCUACUAUCCAUCAUUCACAUGUCCAUCUACUAUCCAUCAUUCACAUGUCCAUCUACUGUCCAUCAUUCACAUGUCCAUCUACUAUCCAUCUACUAUCCAUCAUUCACACAUUCACAUGUCCAUCUACUAUCCAUCCUUCACAUGUCCAUCUACUAUCCAUCUACUAUCCAUCAUUCACACAUUCACAUGUCCAUCUACUAUCCAUCCUUCACAUGUCCAUCUACUGUCCAUCUACUAUCCAUCAUUCACAUGUCCAUCUACUGUCCAUCUACUAUCCAUCUACUAUCCAUCCUUCACAUGUCCAUCUACUAUCCAUCAUUCACACAUUCACAUGUCCAUCUACUAUCCAUCCUUCACAUGUCCAUCUACUAUCCAUCCUUCACAUGUCCAUCUACUAUCCAUCUACUAUCCAUCAUUCACACAUUCACAUGUCCAUCUACUGUCCAUCAUUCACAUGUCCAUCUACUGUCCAUCAUUCACAUGUCCAUCUACUAUCCAUCAUUCACAUGUCCAUCUACUAUCCAUCAUUCACAUGUCCAUCUACUAUCCAUCAUUCACAUGUCCAUCUACUAUCCAUCUACUAUCCAUCAUUCACAUGUCCAUCUACUGUCCAUCAUUCACAUGUCCAUCUACUAUCCAUCAUUCACAUGUCCAUCUACUAUCCAUCAUUCACAUGUCCAUCUACUAUCCAUCAUUCACAUGUCCAUCUACUAUCCAUCUACUAUCCAUCCUUCACAUGUCCAUCUACUGUCCAUCAUUCACAUGUCCAUCUACUAUCAAUCUACUAUCCAUCAUUCACAUGUUCAUCUACUGUCCAUCUACUAUCCAUCAUUCACAUGUCCAUCUACUAUCCAUCUACUAUCCAUCAUUCACAUGUCCAUCUACUGUCCAUCAUUCACAUGUCCAUCUACUGUCCAUCAUUCACAUGUCCAUCUACUAUCCAUCAUUCACAUGUCCAUCUACUAUCCAUCUACUAUCCAUCAUUCACAUGUCCAUCUACUAUCCAUCAUUCACAUGUCCAUCUACUGUCCAUCUACUAUCCAUCAUUCACAUGUCCAUCUACUGUCCAUCUACUAUCCAUCUACUAUCCAUCAUUCACAUGUCCAUCCUUCACAUGUCCAUCUACUAUCCAUCAUUCACACAUUCACAUGUCCAUCUACUAUCCAUCCUUCACAUGUCCAUCUACUAUCCAUCCUUCACAUGUCCAUCUACUAUCCAUCUACUAUCCAUCAUUCACACAUUCACAUGUCCAUCUACUAUCCAUCCUUCACAUGUCCAUCUACUAUCCAUCCUUCACAUGUCCAUCUACUGUCCAUCAUUCACAUGUCCAUCUACUGUCCAUCAUUCACAUGUCCAUCUACUAUCCAUCAUUCACAUGUCCAUCUACUAUCCAUCAUUCACAUGUCCAUCUACUAUCCAUCAUUCACAUGUCCAUCUACUAUCCAUCCUUCACAUGUCCAUCUACUAUCCAUCAUUCACAUGUCCAUCUACUAUCCAUCCUUCACAUGUCCAUCUACUGUCCAUCAUUCACAUGUCCAUCUACUGUCCAUCAUUCACAUGUCCAUCUACUAUCCAUCAUUCACAUGUCCAUCUACUAUCCAUCCUUCACAUGUCCAUCUACUGUCCAUCAUUCACAUGUCCAUCUACUAUCAAUCUACUAUCCAUCAUUCACAUGUCCAUCUACUAUCCAUCAUUCACAUGUCCAUCUACUAUCCAUCUACUAUCCAUCAUUCACAUGUCCAUCUACUGUCCAUCAUUCACAUAUCCAUCUACUAUCCAUCCUUCACGUCCAUCUACUAUCCAUCAUUCACAUGUCCAUCUACUAUCCAUCAUUCACAUGUCCAUCUACUAUCCAUCUACUAUCCAUCAUUCACAUGUCCAUCUACUAUCCAUCAUUCACAUGUCCAUCUACUAUCCAUCAUUCACAUGUCCAUCUACUGUCCAUCAUUCACAUGUCCAUCUACUGUCCAUCAUUCACAUGUCCAUCUACUGUCCAUCAUUCACAUGUCCAUCUACUAUCCAUCAUUCACAUGUCCAUCUACUAUCCAUCAUUCACAUGUCCAUCUACUAUCCAUCAUUCACAUGUCCAUCUACUAUCCAUCAUUCACAUGUCCAUCUACUAUCCAUCUACUAUCCAUCAUUCACAUGUCCAUCUACUAUCCAUCAUUCACAUGUCCAUCUACUAUCCAUCAUUCACAUGUCCAUCUACUAUCCAUCAUUCACAUGUCCAUCUACUGUCCAUCAUUCACAUGUCCAUCUACUAUCCAUCUACUAUCCAUCAUUCACACAUUCACAUGUCCAUCUACUAUCCAUCCUUCACAUGUCCAUCUACUAUCCAUCAUUCACACAUUCACAUGUCCAUCUACUAUCCAUCCUUCACAUGUCCAUCUACUAUCCAUCAUUCACACAUUCACAUGUCCAUCUACUGUCCAUCAUUCACAUGUCCAUCUACUGUCCAUCAUUCACAUGUCCAUCUACUAUCCAUCAUUCACAUGUCCAUCUACUAUCCAUCAUUCACAUGUCCAUCUACUAUCCAUCAUUCACAUGUCCAUCUACUAUCCAUCCUUCACAUGUCCAUCUACUAUCCACCCCCCCCACACGCAUGUUGCUGCAUUAUAAUUCAUUGUGGUUUUCAUUUGAGAGUUUAUCCAGUUCAUUGCCUUAAUAGACAACAUUUAUCCGAGUAGUGUAUUAAUGUAGCGUCUUUGCGAUCAUACCCUUCGAAUGCAGAGACUAUUAUGCCAAAAUGGUGUCCUGUUUUUCCACCUGUGGUGUCUCAUCGUGCAGAAUAGAACACAUAAGAAAUACUGUAUACUUCAACAAGGUACUAAGGAAUGAAUUACUAGCCUUGUGGGUUCUGCAAAGACUGUAGAAUAAUCCUUCCCUUUUUAUAUUGCCGCGCCUCGCUAACUUAGCUACUAGUCUACAUUAACACAGCUGUUGACUGUACAACACUGUCUUAAUACACGCGUUUUUCUACCUCUGAGAUGAGAUUCCAUGGUACUUGUAACACCGUUGAGAAGGUGUACAUGUCAAUAUUUAUUCUACACCUGUCUAAUGCCUUACUGGGUGAACUAUAUUACGUUUUACUCUCAUUUCUGUUUAAAAACAAACUGAGAUGUUUCAGAAGGGCACGUGUGUUUCGUGCGAGGAGGAAUUCUUUAAAGAAUGAAGUAUGUAUAUGAAGUUUCAUUCUAAAAAUGCUAUAUCCAUUUUCAGAAAUGUUGGUGAAUUAGCUUUUGUAGUUUAAAAGGUCAUGAACAGUCAAAAUCAUGUUUUUCAUGAAAUUGGAUCAUAUUUGAAGGAAACCAGAUUAAAGUAUUGAUGACCAAAGUAUGAAAA